AUGACUCUGGUUCAUAUCUGGCUUCAAACUUUUCAGGUCAAGCCGGAACUUACCCUCAUCCUCCGCUUCUCUUCUUCUCUUUCAUCUAGCAUGGCAAGGAGAGGCACACCAUCAUAUGCAAACUGUAUGCACGAUCUUCUUCCCAGAAUCCGAGCUUGUUUCAUAAAGACGAUGCCAUUUAUGAAUCUGGAAGAGCAAGCAUAUCAACGUGGGGAUGGUGAGGGCGAGAUUUAUUACGUGGGUGGACAGGGUUGGUCCGGCUUUAAUUAUAUUGACCUAGCCUGGGGUAACUUUGGCACGUUAGUAGUUCCGAAACAAAUGGAAUCGGGAAAUGCAGCAACAGCGAUGCGAUUUUCGCUGGAGCACAAUGUAUGGCAGAGGGUAUAG